AUGGCCUCGAACGAAACACAUAAAUUCCCUUGGAUGGUGAAGCAGGAGCAGAUCGAUAGAUUUUUCGACUUCGUCGAAGGCCAUCGCGUAUCCGCCGCAAUCAUCCAAGGCCCUCCCGCUUGCGGAAAGAGCACUACCAUGCUGGCGCACCUGUUCGCCCAGGCGCAGGACAAAGUUUCCGGCGCCCCGGUGGCUUACAUUCUCCCAUCCUCUCUGGAGGCGGUGCUGCUCGCCAAAUACAUCCUCUCGGAGGAUUUCAACAAACAGCUUCCCGUCGCAAUGCCUAACAACAUAGUUACAGCACCGCCUGAAGAUUACGCGCUACCAGGCGGGCAUCUGCUAGUCACACGUUAUAAGCAGAUUCUAGAGUGGUUUUGGGACAACGACAAGCGAUUCCCCUUUGGCAACCGAGCCGUAGUCAUGAUGGACAUAGAGAUGAACCCGACAACAGAUGGCGAGAUCCUCCUUGGUCACAUUUUGGACUGGGCCUCCUCCUGUUACAAGACCGAGAAUCCAGCCGCAGCUGUCGUGUUGACAUCCACAUUCGCCUCUCCCAGAACCGAAUGGAUCCUAGACUAUAUUAUCGGCCGCCAGCCGGACGUGAUUACGAUUCCUACGGAUGCAGUGCCCGCUAUCAAUCUCCAUCCAAUGGGAGAGGCGUGGCAGACCGCCGUCGAACAGAUGGUGAAUACAGCCGCGGAUCUCGAAUCCCCCCAAGGCCGGCAAAUCAUUUUCGGAAUCAGGUCCAUGAUGGAUAUGAUGUCUGAGAAGGGCAUCAAGCUUCUGAAUGGCAACGACCCACUUGACCAUACUUUAGCCCUAACCAAAAGCCAACCUUCUCUAGUACUGGGCGAGGGUUUGGACUUUUCGCUGUUUUGCAAAGGGUUACGAACCUUUGUAUCUGAAGGUACUAUUAACGAGCAGCAUUUAGACCGCUCAAUAUGUCAAGUUGUAAUAUGUACGAGGUAUAAGAGUAAGCUUGAGAUCCUCCGCGAGAAGUCCUGGCUUCUUAAAUCCGGCGUCCCCCGCGAGAACGUUGUAUUCUAUACAACAUUCUCGCAUAAUGAGUUUGAGAGGUUUUCAGACUCGGAGUCUACCGGAUCUGCGUACAAUGGAGAUAUAUCCUGGACUAUGCUCCAGCGUGUUGCGGAAUGGCCGUCGAUUCCUCUCAACUCGAUGCCGGUAAGAAGAGCCUCAGAUGCGGCGGUCGCCGCAGAGUAUAUGUACCGCCUUUCGGUGCUCUCCUGCGUCACACCAUCCGGAGAAGGACACGCAGUAACCCAAAAAGGGGAGCUUGCUGUCUUAUUGAAGAGGCACACUCUUCAAGACCUCGACUUCCGCGUCGCCAUCUUUGUUGCAUCGGCCCAUAUUCACCGCGGACAUAGAAGACCAAACGCGAUGCGAGUAAUUAUCCGACUAGCAGCCCUCUUACAGGUUGGCCUACAUACCGUCUGCCACAAGGUGGGAGAUCCGCAGCGGCCGCCAGCUCUGGAGGAGGUUCGACAGAUGUGCAGAGGUGUCGGUGCGUCCUUGGUUCAGAAAGGAGCUUUGUGGAUAGCCCUCGGGCUCUGGCAAGCGACAGUUUGGCAAGGGAGAGAGUCGUUACGAUCAUACCUAACCGACGGCGCUUUUAGGAUGGAUUAUCCCGCCGAAUGGCUGGUGCUCAACAUUUCGGCCAUGGAUAAGGUCCAACAUAUCGUAGCGGCCCUGGAAAAAGUCUUCAAGGUACCCGGAUUUGAGGACGGCCAGGAGCUGAGCGCGACGGAGCUCACGGCGGACGAAAUUACCUUUAUCGAGCGUGAACUCGUGUCUGCAUUCAGGCAUAAUCUCGUCGUAAUUCCCAAAGAAAAUAAGUCAUCGCUUUUCGACGCCGUGUCCUUGAAGAACGUUCGUAUCGGCGAGGGAGAAAUUAUAGACGCUCAAAAAGAGUAUCAAAAAGGAGAGGCCCCGCACGUUGCCAUAUACUCUCAUUUAUCCGUGAAAGGCAACCGUUACUUGGCUCACGAUAUUACCAUUGUACCCAACUAUCUCAUCAGUGAAGUUGAGGAGCACACGGGAGCGAGCAUCCGGGAGAGCAUCGCGUCGACGAUUACCACUUAA